CCAAUGCUUCUCAACGGCUUCUUCCUCCUCUACAUAAACCGCUGCUUCAAAUAGACCAAACCUCUCUCUCUCUCUCUCUCUCUCUCUCAUCCCUUAAUCUCAGCACUCUGUUUUCGAGCGGCCCAAAAAUGGCACCACCCUUCCCUCCUUCAAUCCCCUUCUCCUCCCCAAUCACCCACCGCCGCAUGGCUCUUUCCCUCUGUAACCAACAUCCCCUCUCUGAUUCCCCCAAAACCCCUCUCCUCCAUUCCCCUUUAAAGAAACGCCAACAGAAACACUCAUCAGAAGAGGAAGAGGAAGAGGAAGAUGAAGAAGAACACUUGGAAAUCUCGCUCGCAAAGUCCCUCUCAACUACUCACUUCAAGAUAACUCCAUCUCGAAAUCCAUCUCCCGAAGCCAGCGUCUCCUACCGUUCCAUCGCUGUGAUCUCGGGCCACAUGGGAUCCGUCUCGUGCCUCGCCCUCUGUGGGGAGUUCCUCCUUAGCGCGUCCCAAGGCAAAGACAUCCGCGUUUGGCAGCAGCCUGACCUGCGUCAUUUCACUCGGUUCGGGCAUGGCGACGGUGCUGUCAAGGCCCUUGUCACGGUUGGGACCCGGAUCUUCACCGCUCACCAAGACAGUCGAAUCAGAGUCUGGAAAAUUUCGAGAGACCCCGAGAAUGUGUUCAAGCUCAUUGCGACAAUGCCUACGCCCAAGGAUUAUCUGUCUAAGUUCAUGAAACAGAGCAACUAUGUGCAGUCGAGAAGGAACCACAAGCAUUUGUGGAUUGAGCACGCAGAUAGUAUCUCGUGUUUAGCAGUGAGCCAAGGGCUUAUCUACUCGGGCUCGUGGGACAAAACCUUAAAGGUGUGGAAAUCAUCAGAUCUCAGGUGCAUAGAGUCAAUUCGAGCUCAUGAUGACGCGAUCAAUGGGCUUGUCGCUCACGGUGGGCUCGUGUACUCGGCCUCCGCCGACGGGAAAAUCAAAGUGUGGGGGAAGAAGGGAAAGGCCCAUAGCCUUUGUGGGGUCUUACAAGGGCAUAAAGAGAUGUCCAUGAAUGCAGUUGUGGUUUGUGAGCAAGGGAAAUGGGUCUAUGGUGGUGGGUCAGAUGGGAAUGUUAUGGGCUGGGAAGGUGGGCUUGAUGAAUGGAACCUUGUUUGUGAUUUUAGGGCACAUUCCGUGGCUGUUUUGUGCUUGUGCUUGGCUGGAGGAGAGAUACUGUGUAGUGGGUCAGCUGAUAGGAGUAUUAGGAUUUGGAGGAGGGGGUUUGGGGGAGGGCUUUGCAGUGUAGGGGUUGUGAGGGGGCAUGAGGGACCUGUGAGGUGCUUGCAAGCCUCUUCACUUAAGGUGGGUCAAGGCUUUUUGUUGUAUAGUGGGAGCCUUGAUAAGAGCUUGAGAGUUUGGUGGGUGUCCAAGGAACAACAUUUUCUCUCUAGGAGUGGGGUCCUAGGUGAACAAAGGGGAGAUGGUGAGCUGAAAUUUAUUAGGGCUGGCAAUGGGCUCGGUGGCCCGGUCGACCCGAUCCUCAAAAAGUAGGGUUUGGGCUUGGGCUACGAACUGCGGCCCAAGGGCGAAGUUCAGGUCUGUGUCAGCCUCUCUCCUUUUCACUUGUUGUUGUUCUUUUAUUUUUAUUUAUUUUUUUUUGCCCCGUCCGGCCCAGUCAUAUAGGGAAAAAGGGCCGGGCCAAGGCUGGCCCGGCCUGGCACGUUGCCAUCCUUGAGCAGAGUAAGCAUUUGUUUGGUUAUAGAUGAAAUGUAUAGGACAUGCAAAGAAAAGAUAGGUAGGGGAAUUUCUUUUAUUUAUUAUUUUUUGUAUAGGACAUGAAUGUACACAAAUAGGAGUGAGAUUUGGAGAAAAGAAGAGGCGAUUUCUAUGUGAAAGGAAUCGCUAGAGGAGUAGUUCUUCAGUUAGUUUGAAGGAAGAAGACUUACUUCAAGGGCAGGGUUUUAACUAAAAAUUCAUUGUUUUGUCCAUAAACCAUGGGAAGAUGAAUAAUGGACAUUCAGUUAUUCUUUUGAAUAAAAAGUGAAAAAGUGAAGCUUUUGGUAAAAGAGAAUCUUCAUUUUUUUUUUUGGAAGAUAAAGAAUGCCUUUGAGAGAGAAAGAAAAGCGCACUUUCAUCGAAUUGGUGAAGAUCAGAAGAAGGCAUCAUACUUUUUUUUUAAUUUAGGGAAGAGUUUUCACAAAUCCUCGUUAUCCUAUGCAGACCACAAAUGUGUAUGUGCAAAAUCCUAGCAAGGAGCUUAUUUAGAAUGACUUUCGGGGAUUUAUUUUAUUUUUCCCUUGCAAAGCUGCUUGAUUUUCCCUUGUUGUUGUAAUCUUUUUUAAUUUCUCAACAAAAUUGGAAUACAAAUGUUUUGGCCCUUCAAUGAGUUGCAAACUUCUGUUUUUUCUUGGUAGUCUAUUUCUACCCGUAGUAGGAAUAGAAUUGAUGACGGUAUAUUGAGCCCAUUUUUUAAAUGUGUUCCAACAUUCGAGAAGUUUUAUUUGGAGUUUAUGUUUGGUCAAUGAUAUAUCUCCAACCACCUAAG